CCAUUCAUUCAUCACUCCUUCAGCUAGCUUUUUGUUUGGUCCAAGAAUUCAUAGUUGGAAAUGUCAUGUAUAAAAUCAACCAUUUUAUUUCAUGUGGACUAGAUACCUUCUUUCUGUGACUUUGCUGCUUGGAAAUUUCCUUGGACCUUCGAAGAAAAUUAACUCCUUAAACUAGAGUUCUGUUCAAAUCAUGUAUAACUUGUGGUCAGAUCGGAUACAUGUGUUUCCGGAAAAUAUAGGUUCUAUUUCUAUUUCUAUGUUGUCUUCUACUUCUUUCUUCUUUGUGUUUUGUUGCAAAUUUCCUUAGUUUUCAGUAAUCUGAAAAUUUACCGCUUAAUUUAUUAAACCUCAAAAGAAAAGCUAUGGAUGAGAGGAUGAUACAGGCUGCCCCAACAGGAGAUAUUAACCUCUUGUAUGAGUUGAUUCUGAAUGAUCCAUAUGUUUUACAGCGUAUUGAUGAUGUGCCUUUUUUUCAUACUCCAGUGCAUGUAGCUGCCUCUGCUGGGCAUAUUGAGUUUAUGAUGGAGAUGAUCAAAUUAAAGCCAACGUUUGCGAGAAAGCUAAACCAAGCUGGGUUUAGCCCCAUGCACUUGGCUCUGCAAAAUGACAGAACUCAAGCAGUGCUUCGACUCCUCAGGUUUGAUGAAGGCCUUGUUCGUGUCAAAGGGAGGGAGGACCUCACUCCUCUGCACCAUGUAGUUCAAACUGGAAAUGUUGAUCUUUUGGUCAAGUUACUUGCGGUUUGUCCUGAGGCUAUUGAAGAUGUGACUGUUCGAGAUGAGACGAUUUUCCAUCUUGCAGUAAAAAACGACAUGUUUGAAGCAUUUCAAGUCUUGGUGGGGUGGCUUAUAAGGAGCCGCCAUGAAACUUCACAACGUUGGGAGAAAGAACUGCUUAGUUGGGCGGACAUUGAUGGCAACACUGUGCUACACAUUGCAGCUAUCAGAAACAGACCUCGGGUGAUGGAAGUAUUGCUGGAACACUUGCAUCCAUACCAAAUCAAUGCCAAAAAUUUGGAGGGACUGACAGCAGUAGAUAUCCAAUCACAAUACCCAUGGAAUGAAAGGCAAGCGGAUAGGACUAUAGAUAUGCUAAGCAAAGCAGGAGGCUUGAGUGGUUCCUCUUCCUCGCUUCCCAAUACCUCCACCUCUUCAUUCCACAUCGAUUCUUUAAAAGAAAAGAUGACAUGGUAUGAAAAAUGGAUAAAAGCAGGUCGAAGAAUGAAGGGUAUGCCACAUGAGAUGCGUAACACAUUUCUAGUAGUCACUGUGCUAAUUAUAACCACCACUUACGAUGCCUCUUUAAACCCUCCAAAUACGCCUGAUGACAGCCCAUUCAAGAACUACCAAUUCUCUUUAAGUCAAGAUCAGCCUCUCAAUUCCCACACAUUUUUGCAUAAAACCGACAUCAAUACUGCACCCAUGCCCAGUCCCUCCGCAGUAGACGUUUUCAUAAAAGAUGAAUGGUCAUCUGAAUACUCCUCGUUUUGGGUUCACAACUCGUUAACCUUUUGGGCAGCAGUUUUUUUAACAGCAAUUCUCCUACCACCUCAUUCAUUCUCUUGGUUGAUACUCCUAGCACUUACCGUGUUUGGGAGAUCUUACAUGCAUUUAGCUGCUGUUUCGUCGUGGUCACAGGUACCAUUACCACAUGCCAGUGAGAAAACAUACUCAUAUUUUUCUACAGGCUCCGUUUAUAAUCAAGCAUUCUUAACGUUUCCUGUCCUUAUGGUAUUCCGGGCAAUCUUUUAUGCCCCGCAAACAUUACCAAACCAAAAUUCUCCAUGCUACUAUUACUUGGUAAAGUUCUCUGGCAUUGUUGAAACAAUCUUGGGAAAGUUCUAAAGUAGUUAAAUUAGUUACUUAAGUUCUUUGCUACAUUGUAAUUGAUGAUCUGAUUCAAUACACAAAAUGAGCUUCUUUUCUCUA